UCAAGUUAGCAACAUUCUGUAGGGUAAUAGCGCAAAAUCAGUAAUUGGGUUUAGAGAUUAUAAACGAUAAUUUCUGUUGAAUCUACUUUUAGGGUUUAAUAAUAAAAUUAAAAAAAUAUGUCUAUACUGCUGAAUGCAAUAUAAGUAUAUAAGAUUUCCACAGUCGUUAACGGAAACCUUUCACACAUGUUUUGAGGCUAUUAUUUUGAAAAUUCUAAUCGGAUGUAUACAUUGUAUUAUUGCUAACCUGACCGUACGUUCAAACAACUUAACAACAACAUCAAUUUGUUUGGUCGUAAAUUGGCCAAAAUUUUUUACAAAAUGGGAAGGUAUAAAUGUGCCUACAACUGUGAAAGCACCAGCGAUUCAGAUGUGAAGUUUUUUAAGUUUCCACUUUACAAUCCCCGAAAACUCAAGAAAUGGCUUGUCAACAUGAAAUGGAAGGACUGGACUCCAUCCCGCUUCUCUGUGCUGUGCAUCAAUCAUUUUGAGGAGCAAUACAUUGACAGAACAGGCAAAUGUGUGAAACUCAGAGAAGAUGCAGUUCCCACCAGAUUUUCAUCCCCUGAUGACAAACAGAAAAGGAAGGCUUCCAUUAAACCAAGAAAUAAGAGAUGCAAGCCACAUGGUAAAGCCUCACAGAUGAGUCCAGCUCAGUCUCCGACAGCCUCUCCCGCCACAUCGAGGCGAAACUACCAGAACAGCCAGGCAGAAGAAGAGCCUGCAGGAGACAAAGACUCAAAAAAGUCUGACAAAUGGAGGAUUAUAGUUGAUGAAGGGCUGAUGAAGAUUGAGUCAUUUCCGCACUUCUUCCAUGGAGAUUACUGCGUACCACAGGAUAUUCAAUGGGCUCCAGAUGACAAUUUCAGUACAGAAUGUAAAGAUCCUGAAAACAUGAUAGAGGUGAAAGAGCCAUGGCAGUGGCUUGGUCUGGAUGUCAGAGGACCCCUGCCCCAAACAUUGAAUGGACACAAAUACAUUUUGACCGUGACAGAUUACUACUCCAAGUGGGUGGAAGCUGUGCCGAUGCAGUCGUGCCUACCUCCACACCUGGCAAAACACAUCGUGGACAUCAUCGUCCACUUCGGAUUCCCGCUCAGAAUCCUCUCCAGACUGCCUCAUGACAUAGUCCACAAAAUCAACAGAGAACUAAAAGAUCAGCUGAAGGUCACCAUCGCUCUCGUCGUCUAUCAUCAGCAGACCGGCACUGCAGAUUUGAUCACACAGCAGCAGAUUGACAGGAUGGUAAGUGAUCUAAUAGAAGAGCACGCAGCUGACUGGGAUGUCUACCUGCCUGCCAAGGUCUUCAGUCUGUGUUUCAAAGAGCAUUCAAAGACCAAGGAGAGGCCUUUUUCAGUGCUCUGCUGCAGAGGACUGGAGCCUGUCCAAUCCCCUAGAGGACUGAAUUAUGCUUAUUCCAAGAUCCGAGAGAGUGCUUUCGUGGUUAGAUAGAUGUUCCAGGUUUAUUGGUUCAAUGAAAGUGGAAACCAAAGCGGGCUCGAUUUUUAUCAGCUAACAGGGAGGAAGAAUAUUUUCCGGCCGUGGAAGUCGAGGAUUGUCGUGCAAAAAUGCUUAUUGUGCUUUACUUCAUGGCCAUAACAUGGGAACAUGGGAACCCUGGUAGUUUGAUCAGGAUGAGGACUUUGCUGACUGUACAGAUAUUGGAGAUGAAACUGCAACAUGUCUGUAGCACCUUCUACAGGACUUAUUGAAAUUCUCAGCCUAUUAAGUCCAAAAAAUGUUUUGGCUUUGACUUUUUUUUUUU